AUGACACCCGGCUCUGAUGAUGUCCAUCAUAUGACGGACGAAAGCUCAGCACGUUUUCACCCGAAACGAGGCAGAAAGUAUCGUGGACUGCGUCAACAUGAAUAUCGUCUAAAAGCCAAACGGCUGCAGUACAACGAAUAUCAUCCGUCCUCAUCUGGUCAGAUCGACCGACGAAUCUCUUCUUCAUGCACUUUCAUUUGA